AAGUAACGUUGAUGUUGCAUCUGUCGUCUAUAAACCAUGUUAUAAAUCAAACUUUAUUAUUUGGACAGUGGUAUGAUAAAUAAAUAAUGAAAAUAACACCGAAGAUUUUACUUCAGAGGGCACAGAAGCCACUUUUAAAUGUUCUACAUUUGGAUUUAACUCAUUUGGGAAUUGGAGCUGUAGAAGGACUUUCUUACUGCCCUAAACUUCAAAGCCUUGACCUCAGUUAUAAUUGUUUGGAAGAAUUUGAAAAUUUUGAAUCAUGUGUUAACCUGUGGAAACUAAAUCUUUCAAAUAACAAGAUCAAAUGUCUUUCAUCAUUACCACAAAUGUUUGCAAUUGGAACUUUGGAUUUAUCAAACAAUCUCUUAACUUGGAACGAACUAUCUCACUUACGCAGUAUACAUAUACUGGAUCUCAAACUACAUGGAAAUUCUGUGCUUUCAAGUGACACCUACUACAGACUACAUGUUAUAGAUUGUUUACCCAAUGUGUGGAUGUUGGAUGGAAGGUUGGUAACAACAGCUGAGCGUCUUCAAGUUCAUCACUUUUUUCAUGACUCGGCCCUUUCACGCCAUCCAGUGAGACGUAAAUUAACCGAGAAAACGAUUCUUUCCACGAAAUCCAAUGACGGGUCAAUAUAUGGAUGUAGAACGUAUGAAUUCACUGCAAGUUUUUCUGUCAGUGAGCAUCAAACUAGUGAAACCGAUAAACGAAGAUUAGCAUUCUUGGCCCAGCAGUUCACGAAAGAUCUUUGCAUUGUUAACAGAAGAAUGGAAAAAGUGUUGGAACAAUUGCCAGGCAAUUGGCUGCAUCAUAUAAUUGUUAACAGACAUUCCCAAACCGAGAGGUGUAACAUGUUACUUCUGCUCCUUGUUUCUUAUUUGGAAUUUGAUUUGCCGUUUGAGUUAGUGGCUCAAACUUUAUCUGUGAGCAAACUGAAUCCACUGUUUGGAAUCGAUACCGAUCUUUUAUUCAAACUGGAUUCACAAUCCACAAUAGAGGUUGUGAGCUUGCUUGUCAGUGCUUGCAAGCUUGAUCGAGAGAUUCUUCGCACAGAUAAAAACAAAGGAAAGUUUGGAGGAUUAUACGACAAAUUAUAUCUAUGUUUGUAUCACGCCGUGGCUCAUCUUAUUGUUACAAAAGAUAAACAAAGGAAUAUAAACACAAGAGCUUUUAAACAGAAUCCAACAAGAUCAAAUUAUCGCUUAGCAAGACCGCAUACAGCUCCACCAAGUUAUAAGAACAACAAGACAUUGAACAAUGUUUCUAAAACUGAUCACCGAGCAUUGGUUGAAUGGAAAACGCAUCAAUGCUUGCUGGCAUCGGAACUUGUCCUUCUACUCAGUGUUGUUCCAUCUUUCUAUCAUUAUAUUUCAGCUAAUCAUACUGGAAUCUGUAAAGUUCUGUUCAUUGCAACUGGUGAUGCAAAGCUUGCUUCUCAUCUCAGUCUUAUUGCUGAGCAACUUGCUGUGAAUGGGGGUGAUGUAAGCAUACUGUAUAAGGAAAUAUGCAAAAGUGUGAUGUACAGAAUUGAAAGUGCUGUAAAAGGGCAAACUUCAAAUCUGAGUAUACCAAAAUGUGAUAAUUGGACUUCCCCUUUGCUUUCCCAACAAUGUGAAAAAACAGAGCAAGGAAAAUAUAUAUUAAACACAGCUAAUGCAUUUCCUAAACGUCCCAAAUCUGCAAUACUUGCUUCAGGAGAACAUCUAACUUCAGGAAGAAGUCGAAUUGUAUCAAGAUCCAACAGCACACUUCACAGAACGACUCCUACCUUGUCCCUCGGUUCAGAUGUUUUGCUUGGAGCUCAAAAUCUUGCCAGGGUCAUUGCUCUACCAGAUCAGAAUGUUGCUUUAGUUCAAAUGGAUGCAGUUCCAGCAUCAAAUGGUUCAGUGGUUAUCCACAGCAGUAAUGCUGAUGCUCAUUAUUCAUACAUUGAUACUGAAAAACUUGAAUAUGAUUUGUAUGCAAGAUAUUGGAAACCUGUGGGUUCAGUUGGUGAUAAAGUAACACUUCAAAUAAAAUCACCAUCUACAGGUGUCAUCAGCGAUAAUCAAAAGUCAAAUGUGCAAUCUGGACAGAAGGAAAAGAAACCUAACGUGGAAACGGCAUUAACUCUUUACGAUGAAAACAAACUUGUUGGUGAAGGUGUAUAUGAAGGAUUGAAUCUACAGAAACCUCUCUCUACUGUGUUUUGUGAAAAAAUGCAAGUUAAUAUUACUGACGCUAUUGAGCAGUCAGGAAUUCAAAAUCCAGAUUUAAGAAAAAAGUUUUCGUUAAUACCUGGAAAUGAUGUUUCUACGUUUCUCACACAAACUCACGCAUGUGAUUCAUAUCGUGAGAAUGAAAAAAAUGGUUUAGUGAAAAACGAUUCACGUGAUAGGGAUAUGACGAAAUAUGAACCACACGAUGAAAAUUUGGUGAAAAAUUAUUCACGUGAAUUGGAUGGAAUAAAGUUUAAACCACACGAUGAAAAUUUGGUGAAAAAUGAUUCAUGUGAAUUGGAUGAGUUGAAAUAUGAACCACAUGAUGAAAAUUUUGUGAAAAAUGAUUCACGUGAAAUGGAAGGGAUGAAACAUGAACCACACGAUGAAAAUUUUGUGAAAAAUGAUUCACGUGAAUUGGAUGAGUUGAAAUAUGAACCACAGGAUUCUGUAAAAGAAAUGUUAAAUAAUCAAGAUGGCACUGAAGAAAAUUCGGAACCAGAUAAAAGACAACAAGUUGUGUCCAUACCUAUCACUGUGCCCCAAACGAAUGUUGAGAAUGUAGCAGAAGAAGAAAGUUUGCAACCAAAUAUAAAUAAAGUAGAUUCCAUUCAACAUGGUGUAACACAUGAUGAUGGUAACCUUCUUUAUAGCAACCCUCCAACCCCUACAGACCAAGUAGGUAAACUUGAAGCUACUAAAGUCCAACAACAUUUAUCACACAGACGAGCUCACAGUGCAAGAGUUCGGAAAAUUCCAAUAUCAAAUGAGGUGGCAAGAAAAUCCCGACCAUCAAGUGCCAUGAUAUCACGACAAAAACAAGUCAUGUUUCAUGAAAACGUUGAUCACUGUGAGUUUGAAUCACGACCUGGGAGUGCUUCAUCAUUUCAACUUCGUCGAACAGAGGCAUGGAGGUCUUCUGCAUCAUCUGGAUCAGGAUUUGGAAUCGCCCCGGAAAAUUCACUUCAUGAGCUGAUUGUGGACAAAAUAUCAAACAAAGUGAAGUUGGGCAAAGGAAUAAAGAUUCCACCACAGAGACCAACUUCUCCUGACCAUCCACACAUUGAUAUUGUUCAAAUAAAACGAUUAAGCAAAGAGAAAUUAUUGUCACCAGCAUCGUAUAGUAUAAAGUCACCAAUAUCUGGUGGCCCAAAGAUUAAAGGUAGAUUACUGUCAACAAGUCGAUGGCUAGCCGAAGGUCGCAAUGUUCACAAAGAAAAAGAAGAAAUAAAGAAAUGUUUUACUUCUCCUCGUUUACCUGGUUAUCUUGUGGGUUCAAAUAUGUUUCCAACGAACACAGGAAGCACCAGUACAAGACAAUCAAAACCAUUCCACCACCUUCUAUCAAGUUACCAACGUAACAAUAGAAAUCAAAGUGUCUCGAGUUCAUCACUUGGUGGAGCACUUGUAUGGCAUCGACCACAGUUCUCUGCACUCGGUGAAUUAAGAAAAUUAUCAGCGAAGUCAAAUCUCCCAAGAAAACGACAAGCAAGACCAUUUCUUCAUAAAUGAGAUUACCUUAUUUUUAUAAAACUUAGUUACCUGUAUUCUCACUGUGAAAACUCCAAUUUUCCUAACACUAGAUUUCCUAAUGUAGAUUCCUAUACUGCUUGCAUUAGUACUUGCCUGCGAACGCUAAUAACCAUAGGUUUAUUAAUAUUGUUCAUGAAAUACACGCUGUUACUUUGUA